AUGCAUGCAGAGCAGCAGGAGCCUCAUUACUUCUCAUUACUCCACUUGCCAAUAGUCACCUCUCUCUCUCACUCACUCUCCCUUCUUCUACCUCCAAUCUCAAAGCCUCUCUCUCGUCCUCUUCUAUGGCAAGCUUGGACUGUAGAGUAGUACAAGUACAUUGCCCACAGUACUAGUCUAGUACCAUCUGUUGCUGGAAAAUCCUCCUCCUUGCAAGCAUUUCUUGGGUUCUCUUUUCUUUUCUUUUCUUUUCUCCUGGAGUUUUUGUUGAUUCAUCACAACAACCACCAUCCAUCCAGCCAGCCAGCCAGCCACAUCAUAUGUCCUCACCAGAAUCCAAAAUUUUCAUCACACCAAACCAUCCACCGCUCAUCACUUUUCCCCCAAGCAAAUCCAAUCUUUGCAACCACAUUGUUGUUGUUUCUCCCCCACAACAUCCUCUUCCUUUUCUUUCCUUUUUUUUUUCCCGUUUUUGCGUCCAAUCGCCCAACGAAUCCAACCAAAUUCGCUGUUCUUGCCUUCUUCUUUUGUGUUCAAGAAUCCAAAAGUUGAUGUUGUUUUGAGCUCAAUUUUGCUCGAGAAAAGCUCGAGGAAGGUGCUCCCAUGUCGGACUCGGAGCUGUCCCAGAGCACGGUGGUGUUCGGGCUCCGCAUGUGGGUGCUCGUCGGCGUGGCCGUCGGCGCGGCGUUCGUGCUGUUCCUCGUGCUCCUCUCCGUGCUAUGCCUCCUCGCUUCUCGCCGCCGCCGGCGGCGGCGGGGGCCGAACACCUCCCCGGUGCAGCAGCUCCCCGUCUCCGCCCCGCCCAAGAACCCCCAGAAGGUCAAGGCGCCCAAGGACAUCCAGGAAGUCCCCGCCCAGGCCACCGCCGCCGCCGCGGCGAAGACGCCGCUCGCCCAGGUGCUCCAGAUGCCCGCGCCGCCGCCGCCGCCGCCGCCGAUGGCGGCGGCGGCACCGCCUCCGGAGACCGUCCAGAUCGCCACCGGCAAGGAGCACCGCAUUACGUACCCGGAGCCGCCGCACCGCAGCGGCUCGUCGUCGCACGGCAGCGGCGAGGCGCCGUCGGUGCCGGAGGUGUCCCACCUCGGGUGGGGCCACUGGUACACGCUCAAGGAGCUGGAGGCGGCGACCGAGAUGUUCGCCGACGAGAACGUGAUCGGCGAGGGCGGGUACGGCAUCGUGUACCACGGCGUGCUCGAGAACGGCACCCAGGUCGCCGUCAAGAACUUGCUCAACAACAGGGGGCAAGCAGAGAAGGAAUUCAAGGUCGAGGUCGAAGCGAUUGGGCGUGUGCGGCACAAGAACUUAGUGCGGCUUCUAGGAUACUGCGCAGAGGGCAAUCAGAGGAUGCUUGUGUAUGAGUAUGUCGACAACGGGAACCUAGAGCAGUGGCUCCAUGGGGAAGUUGGACCUGUAAGCCCUCUUUCGUGGGAUUCCAGGGUGAAGAUUAUACUGGGAACGGCGAAAGGGUUAAUGUAUUUGCAUGAGGGACUUGAGCCGAAGGUGGUUCACCGUGAUGUCAAGUCGAGCAACAUCCUCCUUGAUAAGCACUGGAAUGCUAAGCUCUCUGAUUUUGGUCUAGCAAAGCUUCUAGGCUCAGAGCGGAGUUAUGUCACUACACGAGUUAUGGGAACUUUCGGGUUAGAUUCGGCACACUAUGAACAUACCCCUAGAAUCCCAGAUGAAUGUUCAUGGUUACUAAUUUUUUCCACUCUCUACAGGUAUGUUGCUCCAGAGUAUGCAGGGACUGGAAUGCUAAACGAAACAAGCGAUGUAUAUAGUUUUGGAAUUCUUAUCAUGGAAAUAAUAUCCGGUCGAGUACCGGUGGAUUAUAAUAGGCCACCAGGAGAGGUUAAUUUGGUUGAUUGGCUGAAGACGAUGGUGAGCACCCGGAAUUCUGAGGGGGUCGUUGAUCCAAAGAUGCCUCAGAAGCCUACCUCUAGAGCUCUGAAGAAGGCUUUGCUAGUGGCAUUGCGGUGUGUAGACCCAGAUGCUCGUAAGAGGCCAAAGAUCGGCCAUGUCAUUCACAUGCUUGAAGUUGAUGAUUUCCCGUAUAGAGAUGAACGACGAGGCGCUCGAGCUCCGGUGCAGGCAAGAGUGGCUGACAAACCGGUGGCCAUUGAAGCAGGCGACCGUGAAUCCGACAGCAGCGGUAACAACAGCGCGCGACAAACCGAACCCUUCAGAUGGAGAAACCCAGAGUCCUAGGCAUUUGUUCAGAAAUUUUCACUUGAUUUCUUGAACAAGAACAGUGUCCACCACUGAAGUUGCAAAGUGCUCAUUUGUUGCCUUCAUCACCAUAUCAUCUGUACAUGCCGAAGGAACAUAUUAGCCCUAGUAAUAUUUUUUCUCGGUUUAUUUAUCCGAUUAGAGACACUUUUGUAUGAAAAAAGUUACUCUUCUAAGUUAAAAGAAAUGGAGCGUAAUCAAAUCCCAAUGGUAUAAGAAGGGGCCAGUUGCUGCUUGUGUCCCUUGCUGGACAUAAUACUGUGGUGUAAUUUUGGAUGUCAGAUGCCAACUUACCAAGCUAAUAUUGGUAUAAGAGUAAAUAUGCAAAUUGUUUAUAA